GCGCGUGUAAACACGUGUCGCCCUCCAUUUUGUUCCGCCAUUGCGUGGCCGCAUAUAGCAGAACUUAGAAAAUUUUAGUUUGCAAAUAGAGAAAGCUCCGGUGCUCUUCAUUUAUUGCGACUAUGGCAAGAUACAACAGGAUGGGUACGAGGGUAUUCGUCGGCGGGCUUACGUAUAAAGUACGCGAACGGGACAUUGAGAAGUUCUUCAGGAAGUAUGGACGUAUCAAGGAGGUGGCCAUGAAGAACGGCUUCGCAUUUGUGGAAUUUGAUGACUAUAGGGAUGCCGAUGAUGCAGUUUAUGAACUUAAUGGAAAAGAACUUCUUGGAGAAAGGGUAUCAGUAGAGAGAGCCAGAGGUACUCCAAGGGGUUCUGAUCAAUGGCGCGGAAGUGGUGGCGGUGGCGGAGGAGGCAGAGGUUACGGCGCGCCUCGUGGAAGGAGCCGCGACAACCGUGACCCAGAUAUGCGAUCCCGUGAUAGAUAUGGGCCACCAACCAGAACAGAGUACAGAUUAAUUGUAGAAAAUUUAUCAAGCCGUGUCAGCUGGCAGGACCUGAAAGAUUAUAUGAGACAAGCUGGAGAAGUUACUUAUGCUGAUGCACACAAACAAAGGCGCAAUGAAGGAGUGGUUGAGUUUGCUUCAUAUAACGAUAUGAAAAAUGCUAUCGAUAAACUGGAUGACACCGAGUUGAACGGUCGUAGAAUCCACUUGAUGGAAGACCGCCGCCGUGGUGGUGGCGGAGGAGGCGGCAGAAGGUCCAGAUCUUCUAGCAGCCGAAGCAGGUCGCGUUCCCGAUCCAGACGUCGUUCCAGAUCAAGGUCUAGGUCCAGGUCUCGCAGCAGGAGCCACUCCAGAAGCCGUUCUCACCGGUCAAGCCGGUCGAAAUCAAGGGGAGGACACUCGAAGAGCAAGUCGCCUGCACAUUCCAAAUCUAGAUCCAGGUCAAAGUCUAAGGAAAUUUCUAAGUCACGAUCAAGGUCCAGAUCGCAUGGCAAACAACAGUCCAGAUCUCCUUCGAAAGAUAAAGCUAUGUCCAAAGAUAGGUCGCAUUCAAGGUCUGUCAGCAAAGGCAGAAGCAAGUCGAGGAGUCGUUCGGCAGCCAAAGAUAUGUCUCCAGAGAAGCAUGAUGAUUAGACUUUUACAUAAUAAGGCUUUUUUCGUAUUCUUACAUUUUCUUAGUCAGAUUUUAUGAAGUUAAAAGAAAUAAGUUAUUAUUUUUUUACUUAUUGAUUGAGUAUACAACUCUAUUAAUUUUAAGAAGUGAACAAUUUAGUUUUGUAUCAUACAAACUUAAUUCAUCGAUUAUUAAUUCGUUUUAUGAUUUAUUCUUUUUAUUAUAUAUAAUUUCUUAUUUUCGGAUUGAUUACACAAUUCAUUUCCUGUUUGGACCGGGUACUCUUGAAUGUUCAUGAUGCUGGUAAAUGGGUCCACUUUUUAGUGCUUGUAUUUAUUUAAUUUGAAUAUCCAAUUAUAUCGUGUAAAUCGAUUCAUUAUUGUUUUGUUUCAUUGAUUUAGAUAUUAGUGCUAUGACAGAAGUUGAUAAUUAAUUAAAAGGAAACAUGUGUAUUGCUUAUCAUUAUUAGCAAUCUAUAGGUUUGCUAUCUUGAUGUUACAAUUAAUAUUUUUUUGUCAGUCAUUCUCGGUGUAUACUUUACAUUAAUUCUACAUUUAUUAUGUAUAUAGAUUGCACUAUGUAAUUCUUAUAUUCAUUAAUUGCCUUAGAACUUCUGCAGUUUUCUGUAUAUAUUGGUUGUGUUGUAAUAUCACAAAUAGAAUUUAGAACCAGUAACUGAAAAUAAAAGUAUGAGUUUUUGGUAGCGAA